GAGGAGAGGUGCGCUCUCCGCUCAGUCAUUGGUGCUCCCUUGUCUCAGCGCCUGUUUAUUCUUCCCAUGUCCAAAAGUCAUGGAUGAAGUGACCGGUGAACGGACCUGUUUGUUCAUUCAAGCAUUGCACUGCAAAAAAAAAGCUGCGACACUGAAAUACCUGCUGAGGAUAAGUUACUGACUGAGUGAGGUUCUGAUUCCACAGUGAGGCAAAGUCAAGCUUCACACAGCCACCUUCCAAAGUCCAUGCCCUCUGAUCUGAUCGGGCUACAACAUGGCCUCGAGACAAAGAGACAUUCCAGCCCUGGAGUCCAGCACAUCAUCAGGACUCUUUGGUGCCUCGUCUUCUCCCAUCGGAAUGAGCCGACGCAACUUCAACUAUGACGAGCAGCUGGAAGCCCCCAUAAUUUCACCACCCUCAGACUUCUCUGUCAACAUCUUAUGGAAAGACCCUGUCAUCCCACAGCGGAGGUUCGAGAGCAUUGCAGAGGAAGGCGAGAUUGGUGGGAAGCUGAUGACUUUUGAGACAACACCGGCAGCCAAGUCCACUGUCCCUGUGGUGAAAGCCAAAGCCACCUCUCUAAUGAGCUCGAUCAUGAUUAAGCAGACCCAGGAGAACCUCCAGAAGUUUGAGCACCAGGCAGGGCUGACAGACGCUGUGUACUCUCCCCACAAGGGCCUCUCUGCUGAGGAGACUCGCUUCCACCGCCUGGCGGACGGCACACUGCCAAAGUUGAGAAUGCCAAGCGGGGACUUCAAGGAGGACAGGCUUACGGCAUCAGCUCAAUCCACCCCAAGUGGUACCCCUUCCGUCACCCCCUGCGUCACCCCCUCUGUCACCCCCUGCGUUAGCCCCCACGCAUCACCUUCUCUCAGUCGCAGGGGCUGGUUCAACCUCAGUCCUGCACCUUUUCUUUCUGCUCCGGAGCUCAGCAGUCCCAACCCCAACCUGGAAAUGGGUGGUAACGAGGGAGGAGGAGGAGAGAGGUGGAACUUCUUUGGAGGCCGGUCUGUGGUGCAGAAGUCGCCCACUGACCCAGGCUCUGAAACCAGCACAGGCUUCACACUGCAGUCCUACUUUGGCCUGCAGAAGUCCUCCACCAUGGAGGGCAUCAAGACGCAGGUCAACCUGAAGGUGGAGGACCCUGCCAACUUCAUGUCCCCCAAGAUUGAGAUAUCAGGUAUCGACGCCAAGCGGGCAUCCCCGCGGCCACACAAACUCAAACCUCGGGACAUGAACAUUCUCACUCCUUCGGGCUUCUGAUGCCAGUCCAGCGCUGAAGUUACCCCUCUGUAUCCCUUCCUCCAUUUUUUUUCCCUUCCCAACCUCUGAUAGCUCUUUAGUUCUCCUGCUGUCCUCUGUCUCCUCUGCCUUCCUCUAACUUUCAAGAGACAGAGAAGAUGGAGGACCAACUCGAGCAUUAUCUCUUCUAGUACCUGGACACAUCCCUACAGUGUUAUAUGGAGACCCACCCAGACCGAUUGAAGUCGUCUUUCUCCCUGCUCUCCCUCUUUACCAACUCAUUGGCCCAAAUAAAGCACCAAAUGGAGCAUCUUCAGACAUGCCUGAAGAUGGUCCUGCUUUGUACGUUAUCGUUGUUUCGUUACGUCAUGUAAUGGGUGCACUGACAUGUGAUGCCUUGCCAUCCUCGUUCCAUUGUCAGUGAUGGCAUGAGAUUGAAGUUGUCCUCCUUUUGUAUCUCGUUGGUCCCCUGCUGAAGUUAGUUGUUGGCGAUCUUUUCAGAUUCAUCUCCCUCAUUAAAACUAACCAGCUAUUACAGUCCAUGAUUCUCUGCUGCCUCAGUUAUGAUUUUAAGUAACCUCCUGGAUUUGUAGAUGUAUAGUGCUUUUUUUUUUUCCCCCCCCUGAUGGUGUGCGGAGUGCUGUGUGGAAAUGACUGAUAUUGUGCCUAAGCUUGCAAUGUGUUUGCUUUUGGCAGUUUUGCUGCUUUUAUUCUGCUUUUGUUAUUUUUAUUAUUUGUGGAAGAGUAUCUCAUUUUACUUGACAAUAUUGACAGAGAAUAGUGUGCUAACCUGAAUAGAUUUUUUUUUUUAUUUCAACAUCAGUAUUUCACAUUGCUCUGCUUUAAAUCAUUGUUUCUUUUAAAUAGUAGGUAGUAUGUUAAAAUUGUUAUAUUUCCUCAUUGCACCACUAUAGUGUUUCAACAUUAUCUCUAUAAUAUGCAAAACCUUGAGGUGGUCAUUUUCAAUUUUGCAUUUUGUAUACCACAGUUCAAGAAUUCCUGCUGUUUGAGAAAUGCUGAUGAAUUCCAAUAAUUAAUUGCACAAGGGAGAUUGCCUCCCACUGAAGUCAUCUGUAAAUAAACCUGACACUAACAAGCGA